ACUCCUCCUACUACAACUACACCCACACCACCAACUACCACAACUACACCUCCAACUACAACCACACCAACACCUCCGACUACCACAACUGCACCUCCAACUACAACAACUACAACCACACCUCCGACUACAGCAACCACUCCUUCUACUACAACUACACCCACACCUCCGACUACCACAAGUAUAACCACAAUCUCAUCGACUACUUGCAUUCCAGGUACCACAUGUGCGUGGUCAGGCUGGUAUGAUGUGGAUGAUCCAAAGGACAAAAGUGAUUGGGAAACAUACGAAAACAUCACAGAUAGUGGUCUUCAAAUAUGUGAAAAUAUUAAAGAUAUUGAGUGUAGAGCAGUAGAUUACCCGGACAAAACCUUUGAUGACUUUGUGGCUCAAACUGGCCAAGUUGUUACUUGUGAUCAGGACAUUGGUUUAAUAUGUAGGGCAGAAGACCAGACCAGACCACCAAGAAAGUGCUUUGACUAUGAGAUCAGGGUAUAUUGUUGCAACAUAUGUUCAACAACCACACCGCCUAGUACUACGACUACAUCGACACCUCUGAUUACUACAACCACACCAACACCUUCGACUACCACUACUACAACCACUCCUCCUACAACUACAACUACUCCUCCUACUACAAUUACACCCACACCACCAACUACCACAACUACACCGCCUACUACAACAACUACUCCGCCUACUACAACUACAACCACACCUCCGACUACCACAACUACCCCUCCAACUACAACCACACCAACACCUCAGACUACAGCUACAACUACACCUCCUACAACGACAACUACUACUCCUACUACAACAACUACGACUACACCUCCUACAAGUACAUCUACUCCUCCUACUACAACUACACCCACACCACCAACUACCACAACUACACCUCCAACUACAACCACACCAACACCUCCGACUACCACAACUGCACCUCCAACUACAACAACUACAACCACACCUCCGACUACAGCAACCACUCCUUCUACUACAACUACACCCACACCUCCGACUACCACAAGUAUAACCACAAUCUCAUCGACUACUUGCAUUCCAGGUACCACAUGUGCGUGGUCAGGCUGGUAUGAUGUGGAUGAUCCAAAGGACAAAAGUGACUGGGAAACAUACAAAAACAUCACAGAUAGUGGUCUUCAAAUAUGUGAAAAUAUUAAAGAUAUUGAGUGUAGAGCAGUAGAUUACCCGGACAAAACCUUUGAUGACUUUGUGGCUCAAACUGGCCAAGUUGUUACUUGUGAUCAGGACAUUGGUUUAAUAUGUAGGGCAGAAGACCAGACCAGACCACCAAGAAAGUGCUUUGACUAUGAGAUCAGGGUAUAUUGUUGCAACAUAUGUUCAACAACCACACCGCCUAGUACUACGACUACAUCGACACCUCUGAUUACUACAACCACACCAACACCUUCGACUACCACUACUACAACCACUCCUCCUACAACUACAACUACUCCUCCUACUACAAUUACACCCACACCACCAACUACCACAACUACACCGCCUACUACAACAACUACUCCGCCUACUACAACUACAACCACACCUCCGACUACCACAACUACCCCUCCAACUACAACCACACCAACACCUCAGACUACAGCUACAACUACACCUCCUACAACGACAACUACUACUCCUACUACAACAACUACGACUACACCUCCUACAAGUACAUCUACUCCUCCUACUACAACUACACCCACACCACCAACUACCACAACUACACCUCCAACUACAACCACACCAACACCUCCGACUACCACAACUGCACCUCCAACUACAACAACUACAACCACACCUCCAACUACAGCAACCACUCCUUCUACUACAACUACACCCACACCUCCGACUACCACAACUACCACAACUACACCUCCAACUACAACCACACCAACACCUCCGACUACCACAACUGCACCUCCAACUACAACAACUACAACCACACCUCCGACUACAGCAACCACUCCUUCUACUACAACUACACCCACACCUCCGACUACCACAACUACCCCUCCAACUACAACCACACCAACACCUCAGACUACAGCUACAACUACACCUCCUACAAUGACAACUACUACUCCUACUACAACAACUACGACUACACCUCCUACAAGUACAACUACUCCUCCUACUACAGUUACACCCACACAUACCACUACCACAACUACACCUGCAACUACAACAACUAUGACCACAAUUACAACUAUCACAACUACACCUCCUCCUACCACAACUACUCCUCCUACUACAACCACACCAACACCUCCGAAUACCACAUCUACACCUCCUACUACAACCACACCAACACCACUGAGUACAACAACUACACCUCCAAUUACAACAACUACAAAUAAACCUCCGACUACCACAACUACACCUCCAACUACAACAACUACAACCACACCUCCGACUACCACAACUACACCUCCAACUACAACAACUACACCCACACCUCCGACUACAGCUACAACUACACCUCCUACAACGACAACUACUACUCCUACUACAACAACUAUGACUACACCUCCUACAAGUACAACUACUCCUCCUACAACAACUACACCAACACCUCCGACUACCACAAAUACACCUCCUACUACAACAACUACGACUACACCUCCUACAACUACCACCACUCCUUCUACUUCAAGUACACCAACACCUCCGACUACCACAACUACACCUCCUACAACAAUAACUUCAACUACACCUACUACAACUACUUCUCUUCCUCCACCAGACUGCCCUGAUUGGGGUGUUUCACAAAAUGAGACCUUCUAUUUGUGCAACUGCACCAUGGCCAGAUGCAUAGAGAACAACACAAUAGAAAUUGUUCCAUAUGAAUGUCCACCGCUUCAAAACAUAACUUGCACCAAUGGAAAGAAACCAGUUCUGGUGUAUGACGAGUACUACUGCUGUCAAUAUUAUACUUGCGACUGCGUAUGUGAAGGGUGGGGAGAUCCACAUUACAUCACGUUUGAUGGACUUUACUACAGUUAUCAAGGAAACUGUACUUAUGUUUUGAUGAAAGAGAUUUUACCAAUACAUAACUUGGAGAUUUAUAUUGACAAUGUCUUUUGUGAUCCAACUGAAGAUGUUUCUUGUCCACGAUCGAUAACAGUAUCAUAUGUAUCACACGUCAUCACACUCAUUAAUCAUAAUCUUAUUGGAGCUGCACAGCUGGAGGUACUGAAAAAUGGAGAAAGUUUGAACCUACCUUAUUCUCAACAAGGUGUUAAGAUCAUGAAUUCAGGCCUUAACCUGAUUUUAGAGAUUCCUCGACUAAAAGUAGUUAUUACAUUUGGAAUAACAGGCUUCAGUGUAACUCUUCCAUUCCAGUACUUUGGCAAAAACACACAGGGACAUUGUGGAACAUGCAACAAUAACCAGGCUGACGACUGCAUGUUGCCCGGAGGUAAGCUGGUGGAAAGCUGUGCAGUGAUGGCUGACUAUUGGCCUGUUGAAGACCUUUACCAGCCCAACUGCCCAACACCACCUGCACUACCUACCAGUGCACCUGAACCACCACCUACCUUAGCUCCAUGCAAACCAGACUCCAUGUGUGACCUACUUAAAGCUAGUCUCUUUGCAGAGUGCCAUCCAUUUGUCUCUCCAGAAAAUUUCUACAGAGGUUGCAUUUUUGAUAGCUGUCACGUUUCAAAUCCAACAGUGGAGUGCACAAGUUUACAGACUUAUGCUGCAGCCUGUGCUCAGGCUGGAAUUUGCAUUUACUGGAGGAACCACACCACACUGUGUGCUGGUGAAUGCCCAUUAGGCAAAGUUUACAAGCCUUGUGGUCCUGCAGAACAGCCAACCUGUGAGGACAAUCCAAGUGGACAAACUAUGAACUACACUACAGAGGGCUGCUUUUGUCCUGAUGGAAUGAAACUUUUCAACCAGGAGUCUGGAAUAUGUGUUGAAAAAUGUGGAUGUCUUGAUCCUGAGGGCAUUCCUCGUGAGUUCAAUGAAAGAUUUGAGUACAAAUGCCAGGACUGCAUCUGUGAAGAAUCCACCAAGACUGUGACUUGCAAGUCUAAGGUGUGCCCACCACCACCGGCCACUACAAACUGCUCUGCCCCUGGGUUUGUCCUUGUCAACCAGACCAGUCCAUCAGACCCCUGCUGUUCUACCUAUGUUUGCCAAUGUCAACCUAACACUUGCCCAGUCAGCAAUAUGAACUGUCCAAUUGGAUAUAAGCCAGUUGUCAGUGUCCCUGAUGGAAAAUGCUGUGCAGAACAUACAUGUGAACCUAAAAGAGUUUGUGUUCACAGAGAAACUGAAUACCAGCCUGGUUCUUCAGUUCCUGUGAUUGCAUGUCAGGAUUGUACCUGUGCCAAUGAGAUUGACCCAAAAUCUGGUCUAUUAAAAAUAAUUUGUGUGUUUCAACAAUGUAAAGAAAGCUGUGAACUGGGAUAUGAAUAUGUGGAAAGUGAUUCUGAUGAAUGCUGCGGGAAGUGUGUACAGACACACUGUGUUGUCAACAAUAAUGGAACCAAACAACUUUUGACUCAAGGAGAAACCUGGUCACCACCGGGGAAUAAAUGUGAACAUUACACCUGUGUCAAGAAUGGUGAGACUUUAACAGCAAGCCAUUCACAGACUGUCUGCCCACCAUUCCAAGAGAGCAACUGCCAACCUGACACGAUUCAAACUGCAGCAAACGGCUGUUGCAAAAUUUGUGUGGAGAAGGAGAAGGGAUGCAAGUUAAUGUCCAUGAAAACCCAUAUUACAGUCAAUGGUUGUCAGUCUGCCCAGGAGGUAGAUAUGCCAUAUUGUGAAGGAUCCUGCAACACUUACACCAUGUACUCUGAAGCAGCAGCAGCGAUGGAGCAUUCCUGCUCAUGCUGUAAGGAGAUAAACUUCAGCAAUCGCACUGUAGACCUGGUCUGCUUGAAUGGAGACACGGUCCCCUACACAUACAUGUAUGUGGAGCAGUGUGGUUGUACCAAGACGGACUGCACCAGAGCUGCUGGACAUCAUGUUCGCAGGAAGAGAAGCUUCACACUGCUGUGAUGAAACAGUCCGUCUCCAUUUUCACAGAUGUGACAUACAAUUGUUUCUUCCCAUAUUUUCUUAGAAAUCAUUACAUAUCUUACAAAGUAAUUGCUCUUGUGGUUUGAGUAUUUAUCAACUGAUCAAAAUAAAAAAUUGCAACUCA